AGCCUUCUCAGGUAAUUGAAUGGGUUAACUUCCGGUUUCCUCGAGAAUUUCCCAGCCGCCCCUGCGUCCAUUCUUUCUCUUCCGUAGUACUGUCUUUUUGGGGAGACAGACCAAACGUCACCAUGCCGGCCCUCAGACCCCUUACAAAACCUAAAAUCGUAAAAAAGAGGACUAAGAAGUUCAUCAGACAUCAGUCGGAUCGCUAUGUCAAGAUUGCGCAAAACUGGAGGAAGCCCAGAGGUAUUGACAACAGGGUCCGCAGGCGAUUCAAGGGCCAGAUGUUGAUGCCUAACAUCGGUUAUGGUAGCAACAAGAAGACCAAGCACAUGCUGCCCACCGGCUUCAGGAAGUUCCUUGUCCACAACGUCAAAGAACUCGAAGUCCUCAUGAUGAGCAACAAGACACACUGUGCUGAGAUCGCCCACAACGUGUCCUCCAAGAACAGGAAGCUCAUUGUGGAGAGGGCCGCUCAGCUGGCCGUCAAGGUUACCAACCCCAACGCCAGGCUGCGCAGCGAGGAGAACGAAUAAUCUGGCCCUCCAUGUGUUGUCUUAUCAAUAAAUUUACAAAAAACGAAA